CUUGGAGUAGCUCUCCUCUGCGCGAGGCUCACCGUUUUGGGGCUUGGCAGUGAGUGAUGACUACAGCAUGGGCAGCUAAAUUCUAGCUCUAGCAAUCUGGCACACACACUAAAACACAGAGAAAGAGAGAGCGAGAGAGUGGAUGUCACAAAUUAACCGUGGCAGGUGCAGUUUUUCUACUUGGAAGAAGCUGGAUAAUGCAAAUGAGUUAAAAGGAGAGAACAGCUUUUUAUGGAUUUAUCUGUUUGAUUGUAAUCUAAUGUGAUCCUACUUGUUUGGGAAGAUCACACAUUGUUCAAGAGGACCCGAAUUCCUUCUAUCCUGCUUGGACAAAAAAAAAAAACAUUUCUGGGACUUUGCAUUCUAAAAGAACUGGUCUUAAAGUUCCUGCAUCCAGUUUUUAAAUCUUUAAUCGAAAAAAAAGAAACUAAUGGCUAUCAAACAUUUCAAAUGCACCCAUAAAGGGCACUCUCUUCGGAGCAUCAAUACAAUGCCUGGAUUACCCUUUUGACUGCCUUGUGAACCUGUGUGAGAUCACAGCGGAGGAGGUACAGCGGGGGGCUGAGCGGGUGGGAGCUGCAUUCCUCCACUUGAGACCGAACUGCGAAUCCAACAUCCUGACUGACGCUAGAAGACGAUCGGAUACAAACGCUGUAGGGACAGGAGUGGAACCACCCUUCACGGUCUGGGUCAGAGGGAUUGGCAGAAGAAUGCUGGCGCCAGGUGCCCAGGGGCAGGAUGGCACUGUGUUGGCAGAGAGCUACGGUUGUUAGAUGGUUCCUCUUGAUGCUCCUGUGGCACUGGGCACCUCUGGGCCCACUGAGCUGGUUUCUGGCUCUGGCUGAGCGUCUGGACCAGAAGACCUCACCGUUCUCUUCUAUCUCCGGCCGGAGCAGCGGCCAGCUGGACUGGCUCCUGUCUGAUAAAGGGCCCUUCCAUCGCUGUCCAGAAUACACCGAAUUCAAAGAACGCUUCCAACAAGGUUUCUCCACACGCUACAAAAUCUACAGGGAGUUUAGUCACUGGAAAGUGAACAGCUUGGUGACAGAGAAGAGAGACUUCUUUAAAGCCCCACUGCCUUUGGCGCCCGAGUUUUUACGGAACCUCAGGCUCCUGGGGAGAAGGCCGAGCCUUCAGCAGAUCCAUGAAAAUCUGAUCAAGAAAUAUGGCACUCAUUUCUUGGUAUCAGCCACAUUGGGAGGAGAGGAAUCACUCACGAUCUUCUUGGACAAACAGAAGCUGAGCAAAAAGUCAGAGGGCAAUGGAAACAGCUCGGUGGUCUCCCUAGAAAUCUUGCACCAGUUGGCGGCGUCGUACUUCACGGACAGAGAGAGCACCCUGCGAAGACUCCACCACCUGCAGAUCGCUACAUCUGCCAUCAAGGUAACAGAGACCAGAACGGGGCCUCUUGGAUGCAGUAACUACGACAGCCUGGAUUCCGUCAGCUCCGUCUUAGUACACAGCCCAGAAAAUAAAAUCCACCUGAAAGGUCUACAGGAUGUGCUUCCUGAGUUUCUGCGGAAUCGUUUUGUGGAGGCGGCCCUCAGUUAUGUGGCGUGUAAUUCAGAGGGCGAGCUACUGUGCCGCAACAAUGACUGCUGGUGCCGCUGCUCUGCAAAGUUCCCCGAUUGUAACUGCCCCUUCGCAGAUAUCAAAGCCAUGGAGGAGAGUCUGCGUAAGAGCAAAGAGUCCUGGAUCAACCUCAACAAUGACUUCAUGGACUCAGAUGAAUUCAAGGCCUUUCUCAAGAAAUUGCCAGCAGAUCAUUUUUUAAACACCUCUGCUGUCUUAAAGUUCUGGACGUCAGAUCUGGUCCUGCAGAGACGUUAUGGUCUGCUGGAGGCGAGCACUAAAGUGGUGCUGGGAAAAGCCAUCAAGAUAGUGCGCAAACUCUUCGCUCUCAGCAAGCGCUGUCCUACACAGCCAAAGAUCAGCCUACCUAGAGAAAGGACUCUGGGUUUUUGGCUCAACAAAGCCCAGUCUCUGUUGUACUGCAGUGAGCAUGGUGUGUACGGCACCUUCUCUGAGGAAAUGCAGGGCUGCAUCUGCGCCGCUGAGCAGCGCACUGUCUGCCAGGGCAACGUGCCAUGUAAGGUGGGUGAGGGGACCCUCUGCUCGUCCUGCGCCCCAGACAACAUCACCCGCUGUGGCACAUGCCUCCCAGGCAGCAUCCUCCAUAUGGGAUUCUGUCGUCCCAAUAUUGCCAACUCUUUGGACCACUACGUCAACUUUGACUUUGACAUGCCGGACGCAGAAAUGCGUUACCUCCUCCAAAGGCUCGACAGCCGCAUGGAGGUCCACGCCAUCUACAUCAGCAACGACGUGCGUCUGGGCAGCUGGUUCAAUCCGGCAUGGAGAAAGCGCAUGCUGCUCACUCUCAAGAGCAACAAGAACAAGUCCAACCUCAUCCACAUGCUGAUGGGAAUUUCUUUCCAGAUCUGUUCCACCAAGAACAGCACGCUGGAACCCGUGCCUGCUAUCUAUGUCAACCCCUUCGGGGGCAGCCACUCCGAGAGCUGGUUCAUGCCCAUCAACCAGCAGGACUUCCCAGACUGGGAAAGAACUAAAUUGGAUGCUUCACUCCAGUGCUAUAACUGGACCCUCGCUCUUGGUAGCAAGUGGAAGUCCUUCUUUGAAACGGUGCACAUUUACCUGCGCAGUCGCAUAAUCACAGAUGAUCCCACCGCCAACGAGACGCUUUUUUAUGAGCCACUGGACCUGGAUGACCACUCGGCCAACCUGGGCUACAUGAAAAUCAAUAGCCUGAAGGUCUUUGGCUACAGCAUGCACUUUGAUCCAGAGGGGAUCAAGGACCUGAUCCUGCAGUUGGACUACCCAUACACGCAGGGUUCGCAGGAUGCGGCCUUCCUGAUGCUUCUGGAAAUGAGGGACCGCAUUAACCGGCUCUCUCCUCCGGGAGCCCAGCAACUGGACCUCUUCUCCUGCCUGCUGAGGCACAGACUAAAGCUUACGUCCAGCGAGGUGGUGCGCAUACGAGAAGCGCUACAGAAUUUCAACGCCAAGCUCCCCAACUCCACCGAGCCAGAACUCAGCCAGCUGUGCAGCUAGCUCAAAUGAGCCUCUGUUGCUCAUUUUUGCCUGCCUGUGAGAAUGUAUUUGUAAAUGUAAUGAGAGAGGAAGGGAAAAGAAACAUAUUGUCAGUGUGCGUGUAAAUGUUUGUGGAUGAGAUUGUCUUUGAAUCCUCUUACCUUGGGCAGCAAUUGUAAGAAGCUAAAUUUUUGAUUGUGACUGAUACAGGAGAGUACCUUAAAAGCUGUAUGUUCCAGGAAUAGUCCCUUGCUGGGAAAAGCUUGUUGGAUCUAGCCUACAGUCAAACUACUUAGUGUCUUUGAGAAAAGGUUCCUUUUGAGACAAAGGAGAUUUUAAAUAAGUGGACUGCCUCUACAUGAUUCAUGAAAAAGAACAUUUUAAGUGAGAAUACACAGCUAUGAUUUCUUAACACAUAUGCGCUGAAGUUGUAGUUAUUCUUGGUGAUGUCAUUGUUGAAGACGAAUCCAGAGAAUCGAUCUAUUCCGGUGUAAAGUGUCGGAGCACAGUGGUCCAAUGGUAAUAACAAUCAGCAAAGAAUCAGAUCCGUGCUUUUCUAUUUUAUCUGGAGUCGCAAAUCCUGUAUUGUGAGAUCUGUAUAUCUGUAUUUAAUGUGGGACUGAAUUGACAGAAUGUUGAAUAGAAAUUCAUUUGUGUUCAGAGAUAUUGCUAAACCAAAAGGUAAACAUGAAAGCAAAUUGAUUUUUUUUUUUAAUGUUCACUGAAAUCUCUUUUGAGAAGGCAACCUUAAGGUUGCAGUACAUAUUAACAAUAUUGUUUUGAACAGGUUUGUGGGCUGCUUUGUAAAUACUCCUCAUCUCAUUUAAGACGUGAAAAGCGCCACAUUGCUUCUUGGAUAUAUACAGAUAAACACCAACAUUUGUAAUUUUUUGAAAGUGCAAAAUCAAAAAAAAAAAAAAAAAAAAAAAAAAAACAUACACUUCAACACAAAACAAUUGCCUUACAAAGUGAAGUCUCUGUUCUGAUAUCAAAGCACACCUGGCUGUAUGUCUCUCUCUUUAAGAAAGAAAAAAAAUUAUUUCUUUUUUCCAUUAAUAUUAAAUUCUGAGUUCAAUUACAGUGACUUCUUUUUUUUCUAAUUGAAGUAUUAUAUGAGGAGUGCAUUACAUGUCAUCUAUGUGCAAAUACAGAGUAACAUUUGCAUCACCUGGUUCAAUAGCUUUGUUUUCCACAACAUGUCCCUGCUUUUCUAUUAGACAUAUGAUGAUGUGAAGAUGCAUAACUGUAAUACAUGAAUUAAUUUAGUAUCUCUACAUCUAGAGGCAGUUAUUUCCACUCAGCAUUUAAUAACCAUACAUGUACUGCUUAAGUGUUCUUGAUUAAGUUACUUGGGUUGUAGCAUUUGUCAGCACAAACAACCACAGAAUUACAGCCUUUGACAACACAGAGCAUUUAUCACUGCUUUUUAUAUAAAACUGGAAUGUGUGGAAAUGUCUGUGAAAAUUGCGUAUAUGCAUCAACAUAAAAAAAAAGAUCAGUUUUCUGUCAAGAUAAGAUGGAUCGCUCAAUAUAUGGGGAGCAACUUUUACAGUGCUACAUAAAAAAAAAAAAAAGCGAAUAAAAAAGUGCAAUUUAUGCAGUUGUCAUGGAGAGCUCUAGGACUUUCACAUCGUCUGUCACGAUAUAUCUGUGACUCAGCUGUGAAGGGGGAAAUAUUCUCUCUAAAUUCAGAAGAUGGAAAUCACAGGGAGUCUGUAAAUAUGAAUUGUUUAUCUUAAUGUCUAAGACAGGAAUCAGUUUUCACCCUUCAACAAAUUGUCAAGACAGUGAAGGGCGUUUUAUCAAUCACAACAGCCCUAUGUAAACUGGCAUAGCCUCGUUCUUGAGAAACAGAGUCAAAAGAUUUCUGUAUUUUAUGAUUUAUAACUAAACCACCUGACAUUAAAAUGUAGUUUUGGUAACACUUUAUAAUAACUUUCAUAAAUUUUACUUAUAAACUAUAUUUACAUAAAUACUCUAUACUACCGUCCAAAGGUUUGGGAUUGGUACGUUUUUUUUAAAGAAAUAUUUCAAUAUUUUUGUGUCUCAUGCUUUAACUCGUUUCUAUUUUAAUAUACUUGAUCAAUUUUAAAAUGUCAUUUAUUCCUGUGAUGGCAAAGUUAAAUUUUCCGCAGCCAUUACUCCAGUCUUCUGUGUCAAACUAUAUUUCAGAAAAAAAUAUAUUGUUAUUAUUAAUGUUGAAAACCAUUGUGCUGCUUCAUAUUUUUGUGGAAACUGUGAUAUAUAUUUUUUUCUGGGAUUCAUGUGCAUUUAUUUUAAAUAGAAAUCUUUUGUGACAUCAUAAAUGUCUUAAAUGCCGCUGUCAACUUAAAAGGCCAUUGCUGAAAAAAAAAAUUGUUUAUUCAAAAAAGAAAAAAGAAAAAAAGAACUCUUACCGACCCCAAACUUCUGAACUACAGUGUAUAUUAAAGUUAUGAAUAUUACUUUUGUAUGUAGAAAGUAAUGUAUUAACAAGUGAUCUUUAGGCAUUAUUGAAGCAUAAUAUACGGUUCAAAAAUGGA